AUCCAACACACAUAAUUAUUGUAUGCUCAACGCCAUGGAAGCAAUAGCACCGCGACGGACUCAUGAACCAGCUCAAAAAGGAAAAGUUGUUUGCCGGAAUAUAUUGUACAUCAAACUAGAUCAAACUUCACAGCAUGGUGUUGUGGCCGUCAAAGAGUUUUGAAUGGAAUGUUGCUAAGCUCAGAUUUGAAUUGCGAAGGAUCAACGGUGCCCUGUAUAUAAGGACCAAAAUUAUUUCCGUGACGGAAUCGAGAUCCUCGCGUGGCACAUUUAAUUUCCAAUCUGAGCGUCAGCCUCUGAUGUGAUCGCGAUUGUACUUGUCUUAAAUUGCGGCACUGCAAGGUUGAACAAACUUCUUUUCACCCCCACUAAUUACUCCUGCUUGAACUUGAACUUGAACCGCCAUGUCGUCGUCCCUUCGACACCAUAGGGAUGUUCGAAUGCACGAUCCCCCUUCUGCUUCUACCAAUGGUGCUCCUUUAGUCUCUCCAGCCAUCGCUCCUGCUAGUUCUGCCACCAAUGGUCCACUUGCUCCUUCUUCAGUGAUCCAAAAACUCAAUAGUGCAAACGAACAAACGUGGCUCCUCAUUGGUCGCGUCGCUGAACAAAUGGGUGAUCUCGAGCAUGCACUUUCCGCCUAUGAAAAUGCUUUGCGGCAUAACCCGAUGUCGCUUUCGGGACUUACACAGGUUGCUGGCAUUGCUCGGAUCAAGGAGAAUUAUCCCAAGGCUAUCGAGUUUUUCCAGCGAGUUCUCAGUCUCCAGGAAGACAACGGCGAAGUCUGGAGCGCCCUUGGUCAUUGUUAUCUCAUGCAAGAUGACCUUCAAAAAGCAUAUGCUGCAUAUCAGCAGGCUCUUUAUCUCCUUCCUAACCCAAAGGAAGAUCCUAAACUUUGGUAUGGAAUAGGAAUUCUUUAUGACCGAUAUGGUUCCCUCGACCAUGCCGAAGAAGCUUUUUCUUCCGUCCUUGCAAUGGACAAAGACUUAGAUUUUGACAAGGCCAAUGAAAUUCUCUUCCGACUUGGCAUCAUCUACAAGCAACAAGGCAAGUAUGAUGAUUCGCUGGCCUGCUUCGAUCGUAUCCUCCGCAAUCCCCCCAGCCCGCUCGCACAUGCCGACAUAUGGUUCCAGAUCGGCCAUGUGUAUGAGCAGCAGAAAGAUCACGUACAAGCCAAGGAUGCGUAUGAACGAGUCGUGGCCGAUAACCCUGUUCAUGCAAAGGUUCUUCAACAGCUUGGUUGGCUCUAUCACCAAGAUGGUUCAAGCUUCCAGAACCAAGAGCUUGCCAUACAAUACUUAACCAAGAGUCUCGAAGCCGACUCUUCUGAUGCCCAAAGUUGGUAUCUUCUAGGUCGAGCGUAUAUGGCUGGUCAAAAGUACAACAAGGCUUAUGAAGCUUAUCAGCAAGCAGUCUAUCGCGACGGCAGGAAUCCCACCUUCUGGUGUUCCAUCGGUGUACUGUAUUUCCAGAUCAAUCAAUUUCGUGACGCACUCGACGCUUAUUCCCGAGCCAUCCGCAUUAACCCCUACAUAUCCGAAGUCUGGUUCGAUCUCGGUAGCUUGUACGAGAGUUGUAACAAUCAAAUCUCUGACGCCAUCGACGCUUACGCCCGAGCCAGCGAACUUGAUCCCGGCAACGUUGUGAUUUCAAAUAGACUACAGCUACUCAAGACUGCACAGGCUACUGGAGGUCAACUGCCUGCUGCCCCAGGACCUCAGGAUGUGCAUCCGACAGCCUACGCCAGUGCAGUUGUUCCGCCACCAGGCCUUACUGGUCCACCUUUACUACUUCAGCCUCCCAAUCAGCGAACCUCAUUUAGGUUAGAGUCAAGGAAUACCCCUAAUGAAAUUUCUCUUCCUCCACCGUCACAAGGACUUUCCACGCGAUCUCCUCCAGGUCCAUUCCGUGGCGGUCCUCCUCCUCCUGUCAAUAUUGACGAAAGUCGUCACACGUCGUUGCACACACCUUUAGCCCCAAUGGAACUGGAUGGCCAUGGCAGAGAUUUUCUCCCCAGUCGUGAAAGCGGUUCUCGUGCUGGUGCUCCUGGUGCUCUCCUCCUUCAUCAUCCUCCAAAUCAAAGCCCUGCUGAUGACGUUCGAGCUCGCCCACCGCACGCAGAUUAUUUCCCUCGUCAUCGUGCUCCUUCCUCUCGAUCCUCUUCCCCGCCUCUUCCUUCUGUCCGAACUCGGCCAUCUCCGCCACCUCCACCCCCAUAUUCAAACUUUCCACCUCCAACCCGCACCGUUGGUCCAGGCCAACCCAUGCCUACUCGUUCACCUCGUACGUACCCUUCACAGCCACCGGGUAGAUCCGAGCACGAAAGCUCUUGGGACCGGCGUCCCGGUGAACACUGGGAGCCCGGUCCAGAUCGUCGGUCUGCAAGGCACAGCAAUGAUUAUCCCCAACCCUCUCCGUUUUACCCACCGCGCUCUCCGGGACAUCAUUCCCAUCGCGGUAACAGUCCUCCCGAACCAUCUCCCCGGUCAUCGCGUCCUCCUUCGCGAUACUGGGAUAGUGUGGGAAACGGUAAGACGUCGUAUCCCGGUACUGCCAAUUCCCCCCCUCCCGGCUCUCACGAUCAGGAUCGUCUCAUUCCUCGGGGUAGAUUUGAUCCUACACGAGAACCCGAUGUUCGAACAGCUGGGCACCCGUCCUCGAGAGUUGCUGCGUUGCCUCCUGUCGUUCGCAGCUCUGAAAGUCCUCACCCAGCGAACGACAAGGAGAAGCGUCGACGAGCACCUGCUUCUCGAGAACCUGAGCCUACUCCCACUCCUACACCACUAGAUAAUAGCGCAAAGAAGGACAAGGAAAAGAAAAAACGAACCUCGUCGAAGAGGAAGGAUGAUGAAUUUUCGAAAGGAUACUCGACUGGCUCUGGUCCAGGUGGAUACAAGAGUACAUCGGGGUACUCAAAGGGUGGAUCUCCAGGCCCUACCAGUUCCAACGGCUCUGGUUCGUCCAAUCGGCCCUCUCCCACGAGUGCAAUGACACCCCGUCCUCCGUCUCGUGUUGUUGAUGAAGAUUAUGAUGAGGGUGUUGCCGAUGCCCUCAUGGGCUUGGCUGCUUACAGACCUCCUCCCGCUGAAGGUUCUUCGGAAUCGCACUCCCAUUCUCCCACAAUAUCUUCUGGAAGCAGACACAGCGACUCCCGGCCAUCAGUAUCACAUCGUGAUUCUAUCUCAUCGAACAGAAGUCAUAUGUCUCCUCCUCCUCAGCCUAUGAAAAGAGCUCUGAGUCCAGUGCCGGAUGAUAGCAAUGAUAACAAACGUUCUCGUAUAGAUAGCGUCAAGCGAAGAGCUUCCUCUCCUUCUAAUGGAAGACGAACUCCCGUUCCAUCAACUCGACCUUCGCCUAUUCCUUUCCGUACUCAACCGACUUCACACUCGCCCGACUCGGUUAGACAUGAGGCCUAUCCUCCAUCUCCCCCUCUUCCUGCGGUCCUACCUCCACAUCCUCGUCCUAUCGGCGCCGGCGCCGGCGUUGGAAUCACUCAACCGAUCAGCAGCGCUUCAAUAGCUCUCCCUCCAAUUGCGACCUUGUCCCCCACCUCAAGUGCACCGUCUCCUGGUGCUGGUAAUGAUGAACGCGAGAGGGAUAGAGAUCGUGAUCGCAUGCAGGUCGAUUCUCGUCCUUCCUUGUCACCGCCGCGCUCAAAGUUGGCUGAAAUACCUAGCAGAUCCCCCCCAAAGCAUACCCCCUCACCCGCAUCAAGUGGGGCUGAGAAGAAAGAGCCUGCUUGA